AUGCAGAGACAAUCCAUUGUGCCCAACAGAACUUCGGGUAAACCCUUAUUAAGUGGCAAGGACGAGCCCCCCGCUAUUGGGCGACGCAAAUCCGUGUUUCACACGCGCCCGGUGCCUAGCUUCCAAUCAGGCACGUCUAACGCGCAGCCUAGUCCAGCCACGUCUUCCACCUUGCAAUUAGAGCACCUAGAACAGGAGAUUACACUAACUUUGCAAGAGAUCGACAAAAACUUCUCCAAGAGUAACAAAAUCAUCAACGAUCUGAUCUUGCCCAUCAUCAAGAACUACGCCGGCAGCUCGCGUAAUCUCUGGUCCUCGGUGCAAUUCUGGAAACAAUUCUUUGAAAAUAGUGCGAACGUACAGUUGGCUGGCUAUGAAGAAGCUAUGGAGCCGUUUGAACGAGAGGAUCAAGAUGCUCUGGAGCUCAGAAGCGAAGUAUCAGAGCACGAAGAGUCUGAAAGCUUGGCGCAGUACCCCGGGAGAGACCCCGAGGAUAUUAGCGAUUCCACGAUCCAACAGUUCCAGAAACGGUAUUCCCGAACGGCUGAUUCACCGAAACGCAUUCAAGAAACUGACUUCACUCCGCAGAACCUCAAUUUUCCUGGGGGGAUUGAGGCCUCUACCCCUGAUCUUCAGAAGCACGUACCCGCUACAACCGGAUAUGUGGACACCACUGACAGCAUUCUACAGGUUCCCACUUCCAAUUUUGUCGCUCCUAGCUCUCGGCGCUCGCCGUUGAAACAUCAAAUCUUGGACUCGACCGUGUCUGGAUCAUUUACUGUGCCUACCAAAGCCAGAGCGACGCCGCCUAGAGAUCAAACAUCCCUAGAGGCUGCCCAUCAGGCCAAAGUUCUCUCUCAGUCACCGUUCAUCGAAGACCCUACUGUUCCUACAACUAUGGUGUUCCACCAAUCAGGGGCUGGUAACCAGUACAAGAUCCGGAUGACGCCGUCUCCCUCCAAACGACUCUUACCGAGUGCCAAGUUUAGUUCUCCUAGGAGAUCCCCAGAGCGAAAAUCGCGUAGUGAGCGGAGGUCUAUCACCGCGCAGUUCGACUCUUCGCCUGAAAUCUCGCCACCCAGAUUGAUGAGCGACGUGCAGUUAUCACCAGAUGAUGGCAAGCGGACUCAUGGACUAUCCCCCGAAAAACCCCUCAGAGGAGAGAAGAAGCCGCGACAGGAGAUUAGACGGUUUCCAGAUACGCCCAAGUAUAAUAGCGAAAACGGUACUGACUUCAACAAGACCCCGCGGGGGAUUGAGAUGCGCUAUGCAGAUUCCACCACCAUGGAUGAGGCUAACAUUACCAAUAACGCCAUGAACCGUGGCACGAUUCUUCCGCGGAUGUUAACAAACAGGCAGAGGCAGAAAGAUGCCAAUCUCGAUCAUCAGCUUGAUGAGUUAGAAAUUCAGUCCGACGGAGACGACUUGCCCGAAGGCAUUUCGCCUCCUGUGACGAUCCAGUUUGCCAAGGCGGUAUUUCCAGAGGGUUCUUCGCUCAGGGACAGUUCACUCGGCAGCAAAAAGACCAAGGAAACUGCUGCCGACAUCAUCCGUGAAAUUCUCCAGGAAGGGAGCACGAGCAUUGAGAGUGAGCCUAGUUUGGUUAACGUUGUGGGAGAAGCCGAGAGCGUUGAAACGGCGAAAGCAAAUGAGACAGAGUUUCAUUCAUUCGACGAGAGUGACAGUGUGUUCAAACCUGUGGAAGGCACCACUGAGAUGGAGGAGCUCGUGCAACAGGCAGAGCAGCUCGAACCAAUCGCCGUCACUGCUCUGACUCAAGGUGUGACAGACAUUGACAUGUCCGGAUUUGAGUUUGAUGCGUUUUUGGACCAGCCGAACGCUGAGACUACUAGUGGUCAUUGGAGCGAUGAGUAA